UCACACAGACGUGCGCAAGCGCCGAUCAGAAAUGAUCACAUUAAUAUUAUUGUUUACAGUGUUAUUCGUAGCCUUGAUAUCAUUGAUUAAUUUACUUAUAGACAGAUAUAAAUUGAAAGUAAAAGGACCGUUCCCUUUACCGAUAAUUGGGAAUGCUCACUUGUUUAUGGUAAAUGCAUCAGAGUUCUUGAACUUAUUUGUGACAUAUUCGAAAAAAUAUGGAGACGUUGUAUCUAUUUAUCUUUUAUCUGAAAGAUACAUCAUGAUGCUGGACCCUAAAAAAAUUGAGCCUCUACUCGCUAGCACCGACUUAAUAACAAAAGGCAGAUCAUAUGAAUUCCUAAAGCCGUGGCUGGGUGAAGGUCUUCUCACUGCUAGUGGUGAGAGAUGGAAAACACAUCGAAAAUUCCUGACACCAACAUUGCACUUCAACAUCCUGCAGAACUUCUUGCCGGUGUUUUGCAAAAACGAGCGGAUCCUGCGCAACAAAGUUAGCAAGCUGGCGGACGGAAGGCACGUUGACUUGUUCCCAUUGAUUGCUUUGGCUGCCCUCGAUAAUGUUACUGAAUCAAUCAUGGCAGUGGCUGUUAAUGCGCAGACCGAUACGGAAUCUAAAUAUGUUAAAGCUAUAGAGAAGGUCUCUCAAAUAGCAUCUACGAGGAUGCGAAAUGUAUUAGCCGGAAUUGAGUUCACAUUCAAAUUGUUACCUAUGAAAAAAGAACAAGACAAAGCAUUGGGGACACUCCAUAAACAGUCAAAUAAUGUAAUUGAGGCCAGACGUCGAGAAUUAGAAAAAUUAAACACAGUUCGAUUGAGCGACUCCUCGGAAUUUGGUAUCAAAAAUAAACAUGCUUUCUUGGACCUACUACUGCUAGCAGAAGUUAAUGGUAAAAGCAUAGAAGAUGAACAUGUCAGAGAGGAGGUUGACACUUUCAUGUUUGAGGGACACGAUACUACAACGUCUGGUAUAGUAUUCACCCUCUUCUGUCUAUCUAAGUACGCUGACAUACAAGACAAACUGUUUGAGGAACAGAAAGAAGUUCUUGGUGGCGAUUUGGAGAGGGAUCCAACUUAUUCGGAACUUCAACAAAUGAAAUAUUUAGAAAUGGUCAUAAAGGAAUCCCUACGGCUGUAUCCGCCAGUUCCAUUGAUUGAAAGAUCUAUAACUCAAGAUAGUGAUUUAGAUGGCCUCAAGUUACCAGCCAAUACAGCGGUGAUUAUAGAUAUUUUCCAUAUGCACCGACAUCCAGACUUGUACGACGACCCGCUAGAAUUCAGACCGGAACGUUUCCACCCUUCAGUACCGAGAAGUGCCUUCAGUUGGUUGCCAUUCAGCGCUGGUCCAAGAAAUUGUAUUGGACAAAGAUUCGCCAUGUUGGAAUUGAAAAUUACCGUGGCUGGAAUAAUAAAACAUUUCAAGCUGUUGCCCACCGACGAAGAACCGAAAUUAACAGCCGACCUUAUUCUACGAUCAAGCAAUGGAGUGAAAAUUAAAUUUAGUCCAAGAACUUGAGUAUUUUAUAAACAAAGAGCAAUGUACAAAUGUACAUUAAAAAAUGUUAAGAUACACAU